CCUUUCUCGCAUAAAGGCAAUCUCCAAACAUGAAGUGUUAAAGCGUCGAUUAUGCUCUUACUUUUUCCCUAUUUAUUUAAUUUUUUUGUUUUGAGCUAGCUUUAUUUAACUGUAGAAAGUACACCAAAAUCACUCGAUGCAUUACACUUUCCUAGAAUGUAGAUUGCUUCUCGUAGCAGCCGCCACCAUUUUCAGAAGAAUUUGCACAGCAGCUCGUAGCUCUCUCAUUGACACCCAAAAGGCCUCCAAUAUUCACAUUCAUUCUUCACCUGAUUCACCCAGUCCUAUUCUCAAUGCUCCUCAAGUGUUCGACGAAGUGUCUGACUUAGAUGUAGUUUCAGCCACUUCCAUAAUUGGAAGCUUCUCUAAGCAACACCAGCAUAAAGAAGCCAUACUUUUAUUUUCCAGGAUGCUCUUCAACGAUAUUAGACCCAAUGAAUUCACGUUUGGGACAGUAAUUCACUCUUCCACUUUGCUAAAAGACCUUAACAUUGGCAAGCAACUUCAUGCUUGUGCAAUAAAAAUGGGCCUCAGUACAAAUGUUUUUGUGGGUAGUGCAAGUCUAGAUUUUUAUUCAAAGUUGAGUACAAUUGAGGAAGCAAAAAGGGUUUUUGAAGAUACCCAUCAACCAAAUGUAGUAUCCUACACAACUUUGAUAUCUGGGUACAUAAGAAACAAGAGGUUUGAGGAGGCUUUAUGGUUGUUUAAAGAGAUGCCUGAGAGAAACGUUGUUUCUUGGAAUGCAAUGAUUGGUGGGUUUAGCCAAACUGGCCAUAAUGAAGAGGCUGUGAAUCUUUUCACUCGGAUGUUGAGAGAAGGGGUGAUGCCUACCCAGACCACUUUCCCUUGUGCUAUUAUUGCAGCUGCUAAUAUAGCUGCACAUGGAAUGGGAAAAAGUUUUCAUGCUUGUGUUUUUAAGUGUUUGGGAGAUCAGCUUAAUGUGUUUACUGGCAAUGCUCUUAUUAGUUUUUAUGCCAAAUGUGGAAGCAUGGAAAACAGUCUCUUGGUUUUUAAUAAACUUCAUUCAAGAAAUAUCGUUUCUUGGAAUGCUUUGAUAUGUGGUUACGCACAGAAUGGAAGAGGAAAGGAAGCCAUAGAGUUCUUUGAGAAGAUGCUUGUAAGUGGUUUUAGACCUAAUGAUGUUACACUUCUUGGUUUAUUAUGGGCUUGUAAUCAUGCUGGUCUUGUUGCUGAGGGUUAUUCAUAUUUCAACAAGGCAAGAGCUGAGGAACCCAACUUGCUAAAACCAGAGCAUUAUGCAUGUGUGGUGGAUUUGCUCUCUCGGUCUGGGCAUUUCAAGGAAGCUGAGGAGUUUAUUCAGCAUUUGCCAUUUGAACCAGGUAUUGGGUUCUGGAAAGCACUGCUUGGUGGCUGCCAGAUUCACUCAAAUACGGAAUUGGGGGAAUUUGCAGCAAAAAAAAUCAUGGCAUUGGAUCCUGAGGAUGUUUCAUCAUAUAUAAUGCUGUCCAACGCACAUGUUGCCGCUGGCAGAUGGGAAAUUGCAUCAACAUUGAGGAGAGAGAUGAAAGAGAAACAGAUGAAGAGAAUUCCAGGCUGCAGUUGGAUUGAAGUAAGAAACCAAGUUCAUGUUUUCCUGAGCAGGGAUCGCAAACACUCCCAGAUGGAUGAGAUCCACAGAAUCUUGAGGUUUUGUAUCCAACACUCACAGGAUAGUGAAGCUUCCAGCUUUCUAAUGGAGUUUUACAUCUAGUCAGUGGAAAAAAAAACAAAAAAGGAAUGGUCCUUGGACUUCGAUUAGGCUACACUGCCUCUAUUGCUAAAGGCACACUCUCAUUCCCUUUGGGAACGAAUACAUAUCAAGAGAGAGAGCAAUGGGGAAUAGUAGACUUGGGAGACUCAGAAGAAAAGGAGACCAAGUGUCAAUCAAUUCGAACCUCGGGCAAUUCGAUUCCAAAUCCGGCGUUGCCGCUUGUAUGAAAAUUGGAUAGCCUCACAAGCGGGCUCGAACAAGACAAUUACCAUUACCAAAGAGAACAGCACAAUUGACAGCUCCAAAGUAUUGACAAACAGAGAUACAGACAUCUGUUAAACAGGAUAGUCUCCACUUGGAUUAUUAAGCAGAAAGGGAAAGAAAACAUGGGAAAGAUGAAGAGGAAAAGCAAAGGAGAACAAGAAAUGAAAACUUCUUUAUUAUUUUGAUGCCCUUUUUUCCUUAUAAAUGAAUGCCGUGUGGCAAAUCUUCUUCCAUGUAAACAGGCCAUGUGGCAUGCCACGUGGAAAUUUUUAUGAGACGACUCACGGUGUUAUCUAGGUGGCAAUUUUUAAU